CAUGUAGAUGACGUCUUGUUUUUGUUUGUUUUUUUACAUUUUCCAUUCAAUUGAUGCUAACUAUGCUCCACAGCGUUUAGCUUCGUGUGAGCGUAACCGUUUCAGUGACGUCACUCCAGGCCGACCAAUCAGCACUUCAAAAUGCACGUCCGCUCAUGACCAGUAUGUUGGUUUCUCCGUUUUCUUCCUUCCUUCACUCUCUCCUCGUCCACCAUUUUGGGAGUCAAAACAUCCAGUGGUAAACAGCACGCACCUCCUCCACGCUCCUCCGUGGCCUUACUAUGGUUCACACCUGUGUGGUGGCGGGCUGUAGGAACCGAAGGACCCCCGGCACCACUUUAUCCUUCUACCGCUUCCCGCGGGACCCGGAGAGGAAGCAGCGGUGGAUAGCGGCUGUGAAUCGGGAGGGCUGGGUGCCCAAUGACGGCAGUCGACUGUGUAGUACCCACUUUAUCUCAGGUAAACAGGUGAAAAAUCCACGUUCACCAGAUUAUGUUCCCUCAGUGUUCACCACAGCUCCCUUAUCACCAGAGAUGAAGGAAUCAGCGGCCUCAGAAGUUCCUGACAAACAGGAGGCGCGAGUUGAGGCGGCUAAUGCCUUGCUGUUCCUGCAGGGCCAGGGCACGUCCUCCGCGGGGGUGCAGGACCAGGAGGAGCGUCCCGAGGAGAAAGAACAGGAGGCAGCUGUGGAGGAGAGUGCGUCUUCCCUCAGCACAGAUGAAGAAAAUGAGGACAGCGAGGAUGAACCUGUGAGAGACAGCAAAAAAGGAAAGUUCUCUCAAGUGCCAGUGGCACAAAUCAAUUUCGAAGACAUCCUUAGGGUCCUGAAGAAGGAAAACCAGCUUCUGAGGGAGUCUGUAGAGAAAAUGUCUCUGUCUGAGAACUCGUUGAGGAACGACGCAGAGAAGGUAAAGUUUUACACUGGUUUACCAAACUUUUUUGUUCUGGAGACAGUCAUGUGGCUGCUGGCACCUCACAUGGAUGGAAUGAAGAAUGCCAGACUCUCCAAAUUUCAGCAGCUGCUGCUGACGCUGAUGCGGUUACGACUGGACCUCCGCAACCAAGACUUGGCCUAUCGCUUUGGAGUCAAAGCCAGCACCGUGACCAGGACGGUUCAUCGGAUGGUCAACAUCAUGUCCUCCACUCUGGUGCCCACGGCCGUCUUCUGGCCCUCUAGAGCAGAGCUCCGUAAAAAUCUUCCUGCAGCCCUGCGCGCCUCCCACCCUGACUGUGCCGUUAUCAUCGACUGUUUCACUGUGCCUUUUGAGGAGCCGUUUGCUCAGGGUGACCAGCAAAAGAGUGUGGGGCAAAACGCUCAGGGGUUUGGAGCAGGUUACAAUCUUCUAAAGUACCUGAUAGGUGUGGCUCCUCAGGGUGUUGUCACCUUCGUGUCCAGGGGAGUGCAGGGAAACAUCAGUGAUAAGAGUCUGGCCGAGGGCUGCGGAUUUCUGUGCAAACUUCUCCCGGGCGACGUCGUGUUGGCGAGUCACAAUCUGGACAUUGCCGAUUCCGUGGCUGCCCGCGGAGCAGUGUUUCAAAUCGCAGGUGGCGUCCAAGGAGCAGCAAACGGAAGCUCGAAGGACUUGCUGUCGACAGUUUGUGCCUCUGAGACACUGGGCGUGCAGAAGCACGUGGAGACGGUGAUCUCCAUGGUGAAACGCAGGUACUCCAUGCUCACCGGGCCCGUCGAGGGCUCCUUCACCACAGCCCCCGAGCGGUCGUCCAACCUCACCACUUUUGAUAAAAUUGUGCAAGUUGCCUGUGCCUUAAACAACCUGUGCAUCUCAGCUGCUCCGCUAGAGAAAUUUCCUCAGAAAACACCAACUUCUUAAGUCCCACUGCUGGUUCAAGCAGGUCAAGAUCCCUUUACUGAUCCGUUUAGAUCCCUUUACUGAUCCUCCUAGAUCCCUUUACUGCUCUGGACCUUUUGGCACGCUCUGCUACGACGUCCCUGUGUCAACACUAUGUUUGGUACUGAAAUGCUGUUUGUACUUUUAUACUUUAAAUGUCACUUCUUUAACCUUAAUGGCUCAGUCUGUAGGGACAUUAUGCUAUAGAACAUGUAGAUGCACUCCCUACCUGAAGGGUGUGCUAUAAACAAUGUUUUGAAAGCUUUUAUCUGCAAUGGUAAAUUAUUAUUUCUGUCAUUUUAAAUCGCUGACUGACAACAGUGGUAUUUGCGCAGAUAACGAUGUUACAAUACAGGGGGUCCUCGUUUUUGC